ACUUCCGUGCGUUUUUGUAUGGUUUGUAGUAAUCAAUUACACUAGCCCCUCUCCUCACGUUCGGUCUGUGGAAUUGAUUCGUCAGUACUUGAUGUGGUUUACGAAAUAUAUCCAGCGGUAACGUUAGGUGACUCACCCUGUAUUUAUCAACUGUCGCUGGAGACAGGUGUGGCUGUCACUCGUAGAGGUAUCGUCAGUCACCUGUAUGCUGAAAGGGCUGCUCCGUGUUGCCGUGUUUCAGAAUCGUCCGCAAUGGAAGCAGUUAAGGACAUCACAGAGACGGUGGCUGUCGACCUGGGGGACCUGCUGGACGCCGGGGACGACGCCAUGGUGAUACUCGAGGCAGGUGAGACUCGGCUGGUGGUGCACAGGGCCGUCCUGGCGGACAGGAGCCCUGUGUUCGCCGCCAUGUUCGCCCACGACACCCUCGAGGCCAGCAGCGGCGCGGUGAGCAUCCCGGACGUGGGGGGCCCGGUGCUGAGGCAGCUGGUCUCCUACCUGUACACCCAGCGGGCCCCCCAGCUGCCCGGCGCGGCCCCCCAGCUGCUGGCCGCAGCGGAUAAAUACGGGGCGUCGCGGCUGAAGGCGGAGUGCGAGCGGCAGGUGGCCGCUCAGCUGACCGUCGAGACCGCGGCGGCCGCAGCCGUACUCGCAGUCCGCCACUCCUGCAGUGACCUCAGGCGAACCGCCAUCGAAUUUAUUAAGGCACGUACCCACGAGGUGAUGGCCACUCAGGGGUGGGCAGAUGCGAUGCUUCAUCAACCUAAGGACUUGAUCGAAGUGAGCAGAUUGCUGUAUGAUCCACCACCACAAACCAGUGCACCAGUCAUUACAGAGCCGAGAACCACCACCACCAGCACCACAACCACAACCAGAACCGCCACCACCACCGCUGCCACCGCCACCUCUGCCAGCGCACCUCACCAGACACCUGCUGCUGCGCGGCCCACGACUCCUCCACCUGAUGGGGCCACUGUCUCUCGAAUGCGGAGCCUCUCUGCAGAGGAGAGGGACAGGAGGCUGGUCCAGGCGGCUGACCGGGGGGCAGUGGGGGAGCUGAGGGCGCUGAUCGCCGCAGGGGCAGACGUGGGGGCGAGGGACGGGGCCAAUGGCCGCGCAGAAGUGGCGGCUGAGCUGCUCGUCGCGGGGGCCGACAGGGGGGCCACAACUGGUGAUGGGGAGACAGCGCUGGACCUCGCCAGGCUGCGCAACCACAGGCGGCUGGUGGAGAUGCUGUCAUGA